AACGUACUUGUGAAAGUAAUCAUUCCCAAACCUGAAUUUUACUGUAUAAUUUCAAAUAGUUUGUUAGUUUCUAAAAUUGUUGGGUCGUUUCAGUGCGCAAACCGUUUGAAAGUUUAGCACUUACAAAACAGUUAACGCCACUGACUGUUUAUCCACAAUUAGUACCAAAUUGCACUACAUUUAGACUUAAUAUGGACAUCGAAAAAUCUAGCAGCAGUUCCUUUGAAGACCUAACCAAUGCCGAUGACACCAACGAUAUUCGUGGAGCCCAUGUGAAUGAAUCGGAAACAUCCGAAGCCGACUCGGCAGCCGUGCAAAGUAGUAGCAAUAGCGAGGAUAAUCCAAAACAGGAAGAAGAUAUAGAAGAUGAAAUCGAAUGCGAUAUUUUGGGAAAUAAGCAGCUAAUCAAGCGGAUUAUCAAAAAGGCACCCGCCAAUGCCAAGCGGCCCAAUCGCGGUGAUCUGGUAACGAUAACAUACACUGGAAAGCUGGAAGAUGGCACUGUUGUGGAAAAAGAAGAGCGCUUCCAAUGUCAUGUAGGCGAUUUCGAGGUGGUCCAGGGCUUGGACAUGGUGCUGCCAAUGAUGCAUGUUGGCGAAGUGGCACAAGUUAGUAUCGAUCAACGCUUCGGCUACGGCACCAUCGGUCUUAAAACUGAAAAUCCACCCGAAACUGUUAUACCACCCAACGCUAAUCUGAUUUACGAAUUGGAACUGGUUGAUGUUAAAUACGAAGACUUUGCAGAUUUGAAAUCUUUUGAUGUGCUGCGUAAAUAUGGUGCGAGGAAAAAAGAGCGCGCUAAUUACUUUUACAAACGUGUGGAAUACAAUAACGCAAUACAUCUGUAUAGACGUGCGCUUGACUAUUUGGAUAAUCGCGAUGGUGAUCCCGAUGCGGAAUUCGGCAAGGAAGAUAUUGAGCUAUCGAACAGUGAUCUGCAAAGCCUGCUAGAAGAUCGUCUGAUUGUGUACAAUAAUUUGGCAAUGGCUCAAAUCAAAAUUGGCGCCUACGAUGCUGCAUUGCAGUCUGUGGAGCAUGUUCUGCGUUGCCAGCCCAAUAAUCCCAAGGCCCUGUAUCGGAAGGGCAGGGUGCUCGAGGGCAAGAAUGAUACGCAGGGGGCAAUCAAGCUGUUGCAGAAGGUUGCGACAUUGGAGCCGGAAAAUCGAUCGGUACAGUCAGAUUUGGCUAGACUCUUUAUUAAAGCGCGCCGAGAUGAGCACAACGAAAAAGAAAUGUACCAGAAAAUGUUAGGUCAGGCCAAGAAAAUGGAGCAAAAAACAAACGUUCGGCAGAAAACACCCUUGGUAGAUAAUUCAAAAUUGAAACUAAUUGGAUUUCUGAUGGGCACCAUUUUAAUAGGCGUAGCGGGCGUAGCUAUUUACCGCUACAAGUACUGAACAGGAUAAAAGAGAACAUAAACUAUAUUUCGCAAGUCGGUACUUUAAGCAAUUUCUAAUGCAUUUUGAAGAGGAUCUAUCUAUAUAUCUAUAUCAAAAUUAUCAACGUUGGAAAAUGGUUGCUUAUAAAGAUACCCCUUUUUAUAUGCACAGAGAAGGAUUACCAAGCACACUUUAAAAAGUAACAAUAAGUCAAAGAGCUACGGUUUUUGGAUAUCGUAUGUUAGAUUAAAUUCAACAAUUUAUUGCAAAUAUAUAUAUAAAUAUAUA